GUGCCUAAAGAUUUCGGUGGGUGAAGCGGAUAACCGAAAAUUUCGUGGAAAGCAUAAAUUGAUGUGGAUGCUAUAAUCGGAAUUCAGAUUUUUGAAUCCGUUCGGUGAUAUCCAUGAGUCGUGAUGAAAAACGAUAAUAAUGCUGAAAAUUUACUUCGGCGCUGCAAGUCCGUAACCAACGCCGAAGAAAUCGCGCAUGAAGAGAAGAUCAUUCGAAGUCAGCAACCGGAUAGUCCGUGUCAUCUACCGAGAGACUCGCUGUUUUCGUGGUCCUCGGGAUUUUCAAACUUCACCGGCUUCGCAAAUUUGGCGUACUUCUUGCUUCUUCUUGGGGGACUACGUUUGUGCCUCGAAAAUUUACUGAAGUAUGGAAUUCGUGUUGAUCCCUCGCAAUGGUACAUCGUAUUGGCGAAUCAAGACGGAGUGUUUCCAUCGUACUACCCAUCUCUUCUUGUCCUGAUUUUGGGAACAAACUUGCAAGCACUUUUCGUCCUAUUUGUGGAGAAGCGCCUUGCUCAGUCACGAGGCUCUUUAGAUGGCUUCCUGCUUCCUUUUCUUCAACGCCUGGAAAUUUUCAGCCUGGUUGUGUACAUACUUGUACCCGUCGUUGCAAUGUAUCUAGAUCCUGAUGACUUCAGUCUGCUUGGCUCAACCGUGGUGUGUGGAACAUUUUCUGUGGUAUUCCUAAAGUUGUGGUCCUAUAUCCAGGUCAACUCUUGGUGUCGUAGGAAUUAUGCGGCAAAUGCGAAACGAAGGCGCCGAAGGCGGUCGUAUUCCAGGGGUGACCGAGCCAUAUCGCGACGUGAAGAGAGACUGGAGGAUUUGAAGACAAAGAAAAUCGUCGGAUAUCCCGAUAACCUUACAGUUGGUGAUCUGUACUACUUCCUCUUUUCGCCGACGUUAUGCUAUGAACUGAAUUUUCCGCGCACGGAGAGGAUACGGAAGCGUUUUCUCUGCAAAAGAAUCGCCGAAGUUGUUAUUGGGUUCCAUGUCACCCUCGGUCUCUUCCAGCAGUGGAUCGUUCCUAGCGUGAAGAACUCCCUGAUCCCUUUUUCGAAUAUGGAUUUCAUUCAUGCGAGCGAGCGCAUGCUGAAAUUGGCUAUUCCGAAUCAUUUGCUUUGGCUAGUUUUCUUUUAUGUUUACUUCCACGGGUUAAUGAAUAUUGCCGGCGAGGUUUUGAUGUUCGCUGAUAGAGAUUUCUAUGGCGAUUGGUGGAACUCCCCGAACAUCGGAUAUUUCUGGCGCACGUGGAAUUUGCCCGUUCAUCGUUGGGCCGUGAGAGGUUGCUUUGGCGGCUUCGAGGAAGAUUUAAAAGGCAGGAAGGUUUCCGAUGAACCCCAGCGCUUCGGCGGCGGCCGUCCGGUGCGCAUCUUCCGUAUUUUGCCGUGUCUUGAAAAUUUUGUGCAGUCUCAACGCGCAACUCCAAAUAGCAUCAUGAUUGGAUACACCCUUGUAGCAGCUGUGCUUGCGUUCUCCUUGGUUUCCUGGUCAUCAAAUGGACACACAAUUGAGAAACGCCAAGCCGUUGAUUGGCAAGACACAAAGGGGAUGAUCGAUGCCAUCACAAAAAUGUUCAACGGUGAGCUGAACUUCCCGCAAUACAACCCUGAGAAUCUGCCGAAGAGCAGCUUCGAUUGCGGAGCACAGCAACACGACGGAUAUUAUGCUGACGUGGAGCUCGAAUGCCAGGUUAGUGAUUGCGACGUAUCUGCGUUUCAGCGCAGUGCGAGAGAACAACUUUUUACCGGUCUGUCGUCUCGUCCCUUGACGUCGAAUAAUUGA